AUACAUAUAUGGAACAAAAUAUUGGUAAAGGAUUAGUUGUAAUAAUAGACUACUCAUUCAUUAUAAGUCCUAAAAAAUAUGGAUAAAACGGAAAAUAUACUAAUUGGAAAUGAAUUACAUUUACCUAUUCCCGUGGUUAAUGUGGGGCAACUUCUUUAUGAUGAGUUGAAAAAUAGAAAUCAAGAAGACAUUGCUUUUAAAAGUUAUCUUACAGAUGAAUCGAACACCGUUGGCCAAAUUUUAAAUAAUUCUUUAAAACUAGCUCAAGCUUUCACCGAAUUAGAACUUACCACCAAAGAUUUAGUUGCGAUAUGUGCCAAUAAUCAUAUUAAUUAUCCCAUAAUCGCUUUAGCAGCUUUAUAUUCUGGAAUUCCGUUAGCUUUGAUGAAUCCAGCUUACACUACUUAUGAAUUCGAAAAUCUUUUUAAAAUCGUCGAAGCAAAAAUUGUAUUUUGUUCAGAGAUGAAUUUAGAAACGUUAUUGCAAGUGAAAUCGAAAUCAAAUACAAUAAGAAAGCUUGUCGUUAUUGAUCAACAAGACAUCAACAACAAAGAUGCUAUUUCAUUAGAAAAUUUUUUGAAAUCGACAAACUCUAAUUUUAAAGUUAAAGAAAUCAACACUAAAGAGCAAAUUGCUUUUAUAAUGUUUUCAUCUGGAACGACUGGAUUACCAAAAGCUGUUGCUUUAACACAUCAUAACGUGAAUGCUACAUUAAUUGCAAUUGAGCAUCCAGCAGUGGGAAUACCUCAAGAUAUGGGAAUCACUCUCGGAGUUCUUCCUUUCUUCCACAUUUAUGGUUUCUAUCAACAAAUACAAGCUCUCAAAAAAUCAAUUCCAAUGAUCGUUAUGGAACAUUUUAACCCAUUCGAUUACUUACAAUGUAUAGAAAAAUAUAAACUGGCGACAUUAAUCGGAGUUCCACCACUCAUUAACUUCUUAGCCAAAAGUUCAAUAAUCGACGAUUAUGAUUUAUCCAGCUUAAAAGACAUUACUUGUGGAUCCGCACCGAUUGGUGAAGAUGUUUUAUUAUUAGUCAAAAACAGAUUAAAAUUAGAUACCGUUCGAAAUGCGUACGGUUCAACUGAAGCUCAUAUGGUUAUUGCAACAACACCGUUAGGAUCUACAAUUAAUAAAUCUGUUGGCAAAAUUGCAACAGCUACAACUCUCUGCAUCAGAGAUAUAGAAACUGGAAAAAAUUUACCAGCAAAUCAACAAGGCGAAAUUUGCACUAAAAGUGAAAUGAUGAUGAAAGGUUAUUAUAAAAACGAAAUUGCCACUAAAGAAUCGUUUACUGAAGAUGGUUUCUUAAAAUCGGGUGAUAUCGGGUAUUAUGACGAAGAUGGCUAUAUAUACGUUGUUGAUAGAUUAAAAGAGUUUAUUAAAUACAAAGGAUUUCAAGUAGCUCCGGCAGAACUUGAAGCUGUACUGAUGAAAAAUGAGAAAAUUGCUGAUGUUGGAGUGGUUGGAAAACCGGAUCAAGCAGCCGGGGAAAUCCCUAUUGCUUUUGUUGUAAAAGCUGAAGCCGUCGAUUUAAGUGAAGAUGAAGUAAAGAAAUAUUUAGAGCAAUUUUUGAGCAAACACAAAUAUCUUCAUGCUGUUUAUUUUGUGGAUGUUAUCCCACGUACACCAUCCGGGAAAAUAAUAAGACGAGAACUAAAAGGUUUAUUAAAGAAAUUAACAGAGUGUAAAUUAUAAGAAAUUUAAAGUUCACCUUUAUUAUUG